AAUUUGGACUAGUUUCCCUGAUAUUUUCUGCAGCGUUGGCUUACUUCCCCUCGCGCCCUCCAUUCCCUCCCAGCGUGGCUGCGGCGAGUCAACGGCUCAGCUACAGGAGAAGUUUUUGCAGACUCUUAAGCAAUUUCCGAUUCUUGAUGAUUGCUUUAGCCUAUGCUAUACCACUGGGUGUUUUCUCUGGCUGGUCUGGUGUUCUGGAUUUGAUAUUAACGCCAGUUCACGUAAGCCAAGUAGAUGCAGGCUGGAUUGGAUUUUGGUCUAUAGUUGGAGGUUGUGUUGUUGGCAUAGCAAUGGCAAGAUUUGCAGAUUUUAUCAGGGGCAUGCUGAAGUUUAUACUGCUGCUGCUUUUAUCUGGAGCAACGUUAGCAUCAACCUGGUUCACUCUCACCUGUCUAACUAGUGUCACUCAUCUGCCUUUAACCACAGCUACGCUGUACACAUCCUGCAUUUUGUUGGGUAUAUUCCUCAACAGCAGCGUACCAAUAUUCUUUGAGCUCUUUGUGGAGACAGUCUACCCCGUUCCAGAAGGAAUUACCUGCGGAGUUGUCACCUUUUUGAGUAAUGUGUUUAUGGGAGUGCUGUUGUUUUUCCUCACAUUUUACCACACAGAGUUUUCCUGGUUCAACUGGUGCCUGCCAGGAUCGUGUCUGCUCAGCCUGCUCCUCAUCCUCUGCUUCCGCGAGUCCUACGACAGACUCUAUCUCGACGUUGUUGUCUCUGUGUGAUAACGCUGGACUGGUGAGGGGUUGGAAGAGACUGGAAGUCAGUUUUGCAGUCUGCACAUCUGCCUGGAUUUGCACGGCUGAACAGCAGAAAAACAGAGAAAUUACAAGACUUAAUUGUGGCUUUAUUAGAGAGGGUGAGGGACGGGCUGUUCCUACAUUCAAGACCACCUUGAUUUGUGAUAAACAUGGAACUUGUGUGGUGAUAAUGAUGCCGAAAUGCACAAAAAGAGAAUAUAUCUGAUGUACAGGUCCUGGUGCCAGAGCUGG